AUGAAGAAAUUGCAACAUUGGGACAAAAUGUGCCAGUUGGUAGCAGGGAAUCCGGUUCUACAAUACCAUUUCCAAAACCAAUAUGCAGGGACCAAACUGGAAACGAAAGUGGAUGUAAUUCCCUUGCUUUGUAAUGAACGUUUGAAGGUCCGUGUGAAGAAGAAGAAGAAAAAGAAAAUAUUGACUUUGGCGCCAAAACAUCUUAACCAGACGUUACUCAGUACAUGUGAAAUGAAACCUAAACCGAUUUAUGACCAAAAUCCAAGCUCCAACGCCCGAAGAUCGGGCCCACCUCCCGCCGUAAAAGUGGAAAAGAACAAAAAGAAACGGUGCAAAAAUGCAGGCUUGAUCAUUCCUUUUUCCAACUCCAAACUUCGGAGCUUAUUAGAUGGCGCUGACUCGAAUGAGAGUGGCCAAAGUUCCAACAAACUUGCUGCAUUUCUGUCGCGUUGAAAUUGAAAUAGAGAUCAUGACCUGAGACUAUA